GGUUUCCGGAAGCUGUGACAGGAGCUGCUCUGGAGGGGAAGAUACUGAGUCCCGGGGGCGGGGGGCUGCGCACCUGACCGGGCCUCCCCCACCGGACCCGGGUGUAGUCCGGGUCCCGGUUCCGAUCCCGAGAGGCGCAGACAGGCCGUCCUGGCCGGCCGCCCGCAGGUCGAUGAUCUGCUGGAGGAAGAGGGAGCUGCUCUAUGUUUUUCCCCUGCCCAGAACUGGUAGUGACUGGUGGGAGUUUUAAAGGAUGCAGUCACUAGAACAGGAGGGGUGUGGGCCAGAGGGGACACCCAGUGCUAUGUCUGAGGCCCAACCUGAUCCUCCACCUGCCCCACCUAAGCCUCCAGUGCUUGACCUCUUCAACUUGGUCCUGUUUUACAAGAGGCUCGUUCUCUACUUGGAGCCCCUCAAGGAUGCAGGCGAUGGGAUCCUUUAUUUGCUCAGGUGGCAGACACCAGUGUGUUCCUUGCUGACCUGCCUGGGCCUCAAUUUCCUCUUCCUCACUCUGAACGAGGGUGCCUGGUACUCAGUGGGUGCCCUGCUGAUUUCUGUGCCUGCCCUGCUGGGCUACCUGCAGGAGGUGUGCCGGGUCGGCCUCCCUGAGCCUGAGCUGAUGCGGAGGAAGUACCACAGCGUGAGGCAGGAUGAUCUGCGGAAGGUCCGGCUGUCACGGCCUGAGGCUGUGGCAGAGGUGAAGAGCUUCUUGAUCCAGUUGGAGAGCUUCUUGAAUCAAUUGUGCUGUAGGUGUGAAUCGGUCUAUCGAGUGCUGUACUGGGAGAACCCAGCAGUGUCCUCGCAAUUCUAUGGGGCUCUGUUGGGCUCUGUCUUCGUGCUGUAUGUGUUACCCCUGUGCUGGGUCCUUGCCCUUCUCAACAGCACUCUCUUUCUGGGAAAUGUGGAGUUCUACCGAGUAGUGGCAGAAUACCGGGCUACCCUGCAGCAGAGGAUGAACCCUAAGCUUCCAGUGAGCACUGAGGAAUGCCUGGAAUCAGACGGUGGGGGAAGAGGAGCAUUGCUGGACUGCAGUUCAACCCCUACUCCCACCGAGGACCUCACACCAGGCAGUGUGGAGGAGGCAGAGGAGGCUGAGCCAGAUGAAGAAUUUAAAGAUGCUAUUGAGGAGGAUGAUGAGGGAUCUCCCUGCAAUGUGGAAUAUGAUCUGGCCCUACACGACAAUGGUUUUAUGAGCAAGAAUGAAGUAAUUCGAAGCAAGGUGUCUCGACUCACUGAGAAGCUCCGAAAACGUUAUCCCACCAACAAUUUCGGAAAUUGUACGAGCUGUUCUGCUACCUUCUCAGUGCUGAAGAAGAGGCGCAGCUGUAGUAACUGUGGAAACAGCUUUUGCUCCCGGUGCUGCUCUUUCAAGGUCCUCAAGUCCUCCAUGGGAGCCACAGCCCCUGAAGCACAGAGAGAGACUGUAUUUGUGUGUGGCUCAUGUAACCAGACCCUGAGCAAGUGAGAAGAGAGUCCUGUGGGGGGGGCAUUUGUGAGCCCACCCUGCCCACCCUCCUCUCCUGAGCCUGCUCCAGAGGCUAGCAGUUAGAGUCUCCCCAGAUCCCUCAUUCCAGGUGUCUGGAGAUAGCUGGGCAGAGCUGGGUGUGAACUUUGGAGAGGUGCCUCCCCUUCCUUUCUCCACCUUUGACAUACCUGCCCUGGGGUCACUGAUGACAGUUCCAGCUUCUCUUUGUAUUCCUCUGGAUGACUGGAAUGGUAACUCCCCUCAAAUUCUGUGCAGGGUAACCCCUGGAUUGCUAAAAAUGUCCUCUGGGACAGCGGAUUAUAGGGGAAGCAAGAUUGAAUGGGGAAUUAGAGUGAAGCCAAAUCUUGGCCUGAUUACUUGUAAGUAGGGCUUGACCUUUACCCUGUGGCCUUCAUGAUACUGGUAGUUGUGGAAGGAACUGGAACCCUAAAGCUAGAAAGGAACCUUCAUUGCACAUUAGCAGGGACAGAAACACCUGAGUACUUGAUCCCAGGUGGCCUUCCAGGAGAACUUGGCUAGAGAUGGUUGGGUGGUAAGCCCUAGCUCUCUGUCCAUGGCGUUUCAAUGCCCCUACAAGGGCUGCAGUUGUAGGCUAUCACCAUGUGACCUCUGGGGCUGUAAUUGUCAAGGGCGCAGAAUGAUGACUGUGAAAGACCAGUUAGAAGUCAGUCAGCUGGACAUAAAGGCACUGAUGAAGCCUUUAUCACUGCAGUCCCCACCCCAUCCCACCCCACCCCACCCCAUGCUCACAGUCGCUCCCUUGGAAAAUAAGAUGGUGAAGGGAACUUCUGAAUUCCAUUUUGUCAUUGAUCCUCAGCUGUGGAGGGGCAGCUUGGGAAGCUGGCUAGCUUCUUACCAUUUGGUUUUAUGCCUCAGUAGACUUCCCUUUUACGCAGUCCCAUAGUUGUUCCCUUUCCCUUUAAGUGGACUGUGGAUCCCUUCUCCAAGUUGCCAAGGCUCCUCUGCUGUAUUAUAGAUGGGCUCAGAGAUGUAGUGGUGAAGCUAGGAUAUUCCUUUGACCCUCUGUGGCCUGCUCAUUAAGGGAUUGUUUGAUGCUGACCACACCUUUUUAUUAGUUUGAGGCAGUUGUCUGGUUUCUUGAGGACCAAACGGGCACUUCCCAGGCUGUGAGCCUGGUCAGGUUUUCUUUCUACACUGGCACUUGCUUUCCUAUCUUGGAAAUAUUUAUUUAUUUAUUAUAUGGUUCUUGGGAACAGGGGGUGUUGGGAGUAGAUUAGAGAGGAGCCUGGGGCUGCCCUUACCCUGAGACUAUUCCUGGAACGGUGAGGUUCCUUCAGACAUAGGACCUGGGAGGAUAAGGUAUUUCAGGACUUUGCACUUUCCCCACCCCAUUUCCCUGCCCCUUACCCCUUCAGUUGGAGGCUCCCCUAGGAUACCUAGGGGUCAACCAGAUCUUUGUGCCUCCCUUUCUACCACCUCUUCCAUUCUUUCCCCUUAGAAGUGAGAGCUUUACACUGGAGGUGUGCUAAAGAAAUCUCUGUGUACACGGAGACUACAAUAAAACUACGCCAAGCCGUUUGUGUUACUCCUCUCAA